GUCAAAAAUUGGCGCCGUUGCCCGGGAAUUGAUUUUACUUGUUUAAUUUUCUUUUCAUGACCAGAUCUGAACGCAGGGGCACACUGCCCUUUGAUCCAGAAAUUGAACGCACUCUCAGAAGACUUAGAAAGCAAGCCGCAGAAGCUUCAUCUGAAGCAACCGAAUUUUACCAACAAGCUGCACCAAUGGCAGAACCUCAAGCACUAGCUCCUGCCCAUAAUGGACAUGCUGUUCAAGACCAAAUAGUUCAAGAAAAUCCAGCAGUUAGGCCCCAAGAAUAAAGAGAAAGAACCAUGAGGGAGUUAGCAAUACCCGUAGGUGAUCAUGCACCACUUUGCAUCGCCUACCCGCCUCUAACAGUUGCCUUUGAACUAAAAUCAGAAAAUAGUGUAAAAGGACAAUUUGGAGAAAAUCCCCCUAAAACUGUCUUAUUUGGAGUAAAAGAGAGCAAGUCUGCCAAGCCGGAUUCAAGUCAAAAUAUUUUGGAAAUUAAAUAUUCAAGCUCAUUCUCUCACGUGGAUCAAGUCCAUUCUUGCACAUGGGCCGGCGCAUCCUCCGUAUGGACCGUUCACGCACACGGGAAUUCAUGGCCCGUGCACACCCACGCUUCACGCCAUUGGGCCCGCGUCAUCAACUCCAGCACCUUUCACUUGCACAUGGCCCACACCAAUCCAUCAAUUCACGCGAAUGGACCAAGCACAAAUCCUCAACCUUCACGCCGUGGCCCCCACCAGGCGCUCAACACUCACGCCCCAGCUCCCGCACACUCCUUCACCUUGGGCCAAGUGCGCAAAUGGACCAACACUCAUGCACAAGCUCAACGGGCAGCACUUCACAUGGACCAAAUGGACCCACCUUCAUCAUCCAUGCUCACCAGCACUUCAUGUGGACAAAUCACGCACGAGGACCCACCAACGGCUUCAACGCUCUCACACGUAGACCAAAAUUUCCAAUUUAGCAUCGCUCCUCUGCACCUAUUUAAAGAGCUCUUCAGCGAACAAUUGGGACAGAGAGAAUUUUCUCCAAUUCGGCAGUUUCCUCCAGCCUCGGCGCAAGAAUUCCUUCGGUUCGGCCAUCAUAAGGAGAAAGGAGACGAGCUUUUUUCUUUUAUGCUUAAUCAUGUCUUUCAUGUAUAGCUAGGUGACACAUGCAGGGUUUAGGUGAAAAGGUAAAGAAAAUGAAGGACUAAACCAAAUUUUAUCUUUAAACUUUUCAUAUUCACACUUUUAACCUACUAAACUCUUUACCAUGUUUCAGUUUAGUUUUCAAGCUUUCAAUAUUCAUAGAUUGACCUACUAAAUUAUACUUUUAGCCUUUAGAAGUCCUUUUCACUUGAGUAAGCAUGACAGAUUCUAAUAAGCACCUCAAGCGUGUAAUACCCGGCUAGAAUCCGACAUCGGAAUUCUACUUUUCGGUGGGAUCUAGGAUGUUGGAAUCCUUUAGAAGGGUAAGAAUAAUAUUUUUCUAAAGUAUUAGAGAAUGUUUUAAUGUUUUAAAGUUAAAAUUACAUGAGUUUUUGAGAGAAAAUAACCAAGGCAGAAAAGCCAGGUUCGGCCGCCGAAGGUGAUGUUCGGCCGCCGAACAUGCAUGGCUUUCGGUUUCACGUUAGGCCGCCGAAGGUGGUCUGGCCAGCCACCUAUAAAAGGCUCUCAGUCGAUUGAAAGGAUAAGAAUGAGCUUUUCUUUUCACUUUCAGAGGUGAGACCCUCUCUUCCUUGAGAAUUCUUCCUGUUUUCAUCAAAUCUUGCAAAGGUUUGAUUGGUUUUUUUGUUAUUUUGAAGGUUUUGAGCUAAAAACAUAAGUUUUGAAGUUUGGAGAGUUU